AUGAACUCUCCAUACCGACCAACCUACACAAAAUCUCGCCUUGGCUGUUCAAGAUGUAAAGAGAAGAGGGUGAAAUGCGAUCAAAGAAGGCCGGGAUGCAAACGAUGUGAGGAUGCAGGCUCAUCGUGUCCUGGGUACGCCCUCAACCUGCGAUGGUCUGCUAAGAACCAACUUCAACAGAAGUCCGUCAGCUCCGGACAAAAGCCUCGGACGAGAAGAGUCAAUCAGCCAUGCUCAAGUUCAACGAGCCACAUGAAUGAAGGGGUAACCAUCGAUAUCACGACUUCGACAUUGGAUCCCCUGCUAUUAUUCCCUCAUUUCAGAGAUACAGACCCAAUGCCAUUCCCAGCACUGAAUGCCUCCGACAUCCUCGGCCUAGAUCCUUCAGUUUCACAAUGGCCUUUCCCAAACUUAGACCUUUCAGAGAACAUCACUAUACCUGAUGAUACGGCUUUUACGGAUGGAUCACCGAGUUUGGACGAGACUGGGCAGUGGAAAGACCAGAGAACGCGGACGGCUCAUUCCAUUGAUAUGAGCUGGUUGCGCGGUGAAAGUCAACAAUCUCGUACUGAUCUAGAUACGACACCUCUACUUGCAGAGUCCUACAACACCGGAGCCCUUGAUCACCACUCAUCAGUUGCCAUACAACAGCAACUGAGCAAUCUUCCGACAGCUCUUUCUGACUUCUUUAUACGAGAAGUCAUACCGCUUUACUGCGCAUGGGAUAGCCAAUCGAACCUGAUGCGAGUAGUAGCAGAAAGCUCAUGGCAAUCGUCAAAGGUCCUAUAUCACACGAUGCAAAGCAUGUCAGCCGCUUGCCUAACAAGUGUUUUUCCCGAACUAUCCACCACUGCAAUUCAAGAACGCUUGGUAGCACUUCAAUGCCUAGAUGAGAAUGACCCAAAUACUUCAGAUUAUAUCGAAGCAAGACUACUGGCAACGGUUCUGCUCUGCCACACUGCAAUCUGGCAUGAUCCUGGCAAUUUGGCUAAAGAGAGAUAUCAUUUGACUCAAAGACGAGUGCUAGAGUGGAGCUCGGCUUCUGGGACGCAGUCCAAGCCCAUGGUAAAGUUCUUUCAGACUGCGGUCGACUACUGGGGUACGCUUCUGUCGUUCUUUACAGAUGUGUCGGGCAACCCGAUUCCGAUACUCUGA